GAAGGUCUGCGAGGAAGAACGGAGGCCAAGGCUUUCUGCACAUGCCCAGAGGCAUUGCAAAAGCGAGGAAAAAGGGAAGGAGGGAGAAGCACCGGCGCCCAGCAGAGUUGCAGAACUGACGAAUUGCAGCAACCCUGCCAGGAAGGGCAGGAGAGGCACUGUGCAUUCUGCGCAGGCGCGGACCCGGCCGAGGCCGAAGUAGAACAUCCUAGAGUUGGAGGCAUAAGGAGGCACGCUUACGCAAACGUCACUUCCGAUGUCGUUUGACGGUCGCCAUUUGCGGAGCAAGGGGGCAUGUCAACGCCACUCUUCUUCCUUCUCUCCGGCCAGGGGGUCACGCGCGUUUUAUUUCCCACCGCCACCCACUCCGGUCCAUCCGCAAAACGAGUGAAGCGGGGAAGCCUUCUGUGGCCCCCCAACCCCCUUCACGAAGUCGUCGCUAAUCCCGGAUUUUAUCGCUCCUCCCUCUAUCCCCUUGGGGGAAGAAAAAAAAACAAAACCCUCCCCAGUCCUCUGAACGCAUGCGCGGACGUCCCCCGCUGCCCUCCUGAGGGCCGGGCCAAAAGCGCGUGACGGGGCGCAUGCGCGGGACGCCGUGCUGCUCCUGGAGCUCGCUCGCCCGCUCGCUCGGCGCUGCCUCCGCGGCGACGGAGCCUCCUCAGCCGGCGGGGCCUGCGGGGACGGACCCCUCCAUCCGGGAUGGGCCGCGACCGCCGCCAUCGUCAUCAGCCGGGAUCGUGCGAGGCAAAACCCUGAAGGAACCGGGGGCGAGGUCACACCCGAUAUGACCGCGUGUGCAUCGUAGAAGCCCAAAGAAACAGCAAGAUGUCCGACUAACCGUUGUCCCUAACAGAACAGGAUGGGCUGUUCGCCACCCCUUGACAACAAAAUACGUGCCGUCUAGGAGCCUCGGUGCACAGCUGCUGGCUGGUUAUUUUCCCACAGGGCCAGUCUGGAAAACCAUGCAGUCAUCCGGGCACAGGUUGCGUGAAGUUGAACACCAUCCACUUCUUGCCGAGAACGACUGCUAUGAUUCGUCGUCAUCCGAGUGCGAUGCGGGAGAUCGCCUUUGGUUCAUCCGCGACAGCUGCGGGAUGGUCUGCGCGGUGAUGACCUGGCUUCUGGUGGUCUACGCUGACUUCGUGGUCACCUUUGUCAUGCUGCUGCCUUCCAAAGACUUCUGGUACUCCCUGGUCAAUGGAGUCCUCUUCAACGGCUUGGCUGUGCUGGCGUUGUCUUCUCACCUAAGAACCAUGCUAACGGAUCCAGGUGCUGUCCCCAAAGGAAAUGCUACAAAAGAAUACAUGGAGAGUUUGCAGCUGAAACCAGGGGAGGUCAUCUACAAGUGCCCCAAAUGUUGCAGCGUGAAGCCAGAACGUGCCCAUCACUGCAGUAUUUGCAAACGAUGCAUUCGGAAGAUGGAUCAUCACUGUCCGUGGGUAAACAACUGCGUAGGGGAAAGGAACCAGAGGUUUUUUGUGCUUUUUACUAUGUACAUAGCUCUGAUUUCAGCUCAUGCCCUCGUCCUCUGUGGGUUUCAGUUCUUUUCCUGCGUCCGAGAUCAAUGGAUUGAAUGCAGUAACUUCUCCCCACCCGUGACGGUUAUCCUGCUGAUCUUCUUGUGCCUUGAAGGGUUUCUGUUUCUGACGUUCACUGCUGUGAUGUUCGGCACCCAGAUCCAUUCGAUAUGCAACGAUGAAACGGAGAUCGAAAGGCUGAAGAGCGAGAAGCCCACGUGGGAACGGAGGCUGUGCUGGGAAGGGAUGAAGUCGGUCUUUGGGGGACAGCCGUCUCUGCUGUGGAUAAACCCUUUCGCUGGAUUCCGAAUCCGGAGACUCCUGUUGAUGAGGGCAAAGAAAGGAGCGCCUGAAUUUUCUGUCUGACCUGCCCAAUCAUGCUGAAACCCACACGAGGCGUUCGUUGUAUUUAUUGGGGGGCGGGGCGGGGGCGAGGCGGGAAAAAGCCGCAACCUGGGGCCAGUGGACUUUUAACAAACCUACCGAACAAACAUUUUGCUUGUAGCAAGCAGAGUUUUUAUACCUUUAUAACCUCCGACGUCUCGCUCUCGGAACGCGGAAUGUGGCCACGCCUGUCUUUCGUUGAGCAGAACGAACCAAACGCCAUGGGGAAAGGGACAGUUAACGCCGAGGAAGUCCAAAUAGCACCUCCACUGCGGUUACGUGAUUUUGGAGGAACUGCAUAGGCCUUUUUUUUUUUUUUUUUUUUUUUUGCGCCAGAUCUCUUCGUUAGGAGUCAGUGGGGUUUCCUCUUUUUUUCCCCCUUUGAUUUCUCCUCUUUUGAAAAGACUGUUCCUGGAGCCACCGUUGUCAAUCACGAGAUGCCGUUGUCAAUCAAGAGACGCCGUUGUCAAUCAUGAGACGCCGUUGUCACCCACAGGACAUGCUGGAAACGGCUAGCCGAACUCAAUCUCCGAAACGAGAUGUUUCGGGAUCGUGUCUGGGCGCCAUGGUGUCCCUUUUUCUCUUGGUGCCCCGACAAGUCUUGCGAUCUGUGUUAGGGUGGGUGAAUAGCUCACACGGCUUCUGAUUUUCCCACUAGAGGACCCAAAGCUUGCACAGGGUGAGGUUUCCAAUUUCCUCACCUCACCGGAUCAUUCCAUUUUAGGUUCAGUUCAGUGCUAAAUAGGAAGCAACCAUACGGACAAGUAUGUUUUAUUGUCCUCCGUUUAAGGGAAGUCCUUCUCUGCUAUUUGAGGAGGUCGAGAAUGAAUUUUAAAGGAAAGCAACGGAAGUCGAAACCUCUCAGUCAGCAAACUCUCCGUUGUCUCUUUCAUGUCACUGCACCGGGUCGUCGUCAAAUAGGCUGGCAGGUUUUUCAAAAUGUCCUCCCCACCCUCACCCCCACCCCUCCCCCGGGCACUGGAAGUGGUGCUAGGGACUCAGGAAACUGGUCAUUGGAAAGGAAGUCUCUUCUGAAGCUCAGCAGAAGUUAGUCUGGAAGGUCAUCCAUCAGAUGUUCCUCAAGCCAGUCCAUUUGUUUUUGAAAAAGCUGCCUUAGAUCCCAAGACUACAGGUAGCCCUUGACUUAACAUUUGUUUAGUGACCCUAGGCUGGCUGGGGAAUUCUAGGAAGUUGAACUCCAGGUGUCUUAAAAGUGGCCGAGGUUGAGAUACAUUGUAAGAAAGGAAGUUCCUUAAGAGGUUGAAAAAUGCUACAAUUAAGGAAAUACCCACGAAAGACAGGUGGGCAUUUAAUUCCACAUAGGAUUCAGAUCGAUCAUGAAAUUCCACUUGUUUCCUAAUGGUAAUUAUGCUUAAAUUUUGCUUAAAAGUAAAAAAAAGAGAGAGAGAGAUCACGCCCCCCCCCCCCGUGCAGCCUCCUUGUAACCAGAAGAUUCAGUACAACUCUUGAGUAUGUAUGUGUAUCCUGAUUUUUUUUAUAUAAAAAAAAACCUAGCUUCUUAACUCUAAUAGGGAUGAGUUCUUUUUGUUCUGUAUUGGCAUCGCAUGCUUCUACCCCCUUAGCUGGGCAUCUACAGAGGGCAGCAGGAGGAUACCUGCGUGAUGAAGGUGUCGCACGAAUGUUGGCGCUUAAUGUGCUUGUAUAUCCGAGGUUGAGAUACAAGUUCACCAGAACUGCAUUUGCACAACAAGACGUAUGGAUUAAGGAGGGCUUGGGGUGGACAACCCCGAAUCCAUGGUUGACCUCUCAGAGAAGAUUUUGACUUGAGUGAAGUUCUCUGGGUGUAGAUGAAGCAUUUGAGGGGCAGCAUGGUGGCUCAGCAGUCAAAGACGCUGGGCUACUAAGCUGGAAAGUUGGGAGCCCCGGUUUGAGACCCGAGUGCCACAUGAUGGGGUGAGCUCCUGUCCUCAUUCCAGCUCCUGCCAACCUAGCAGUUCGAAAGCAUGCGAGUAGAUAAAUAGGUACCACUUCGGUGGGAAGGAAACAGCGCUCCGUGAUGUCAUGUUGGCCACACGACCGCGGAAAUGUCUUCAGACAGCACUGACUCAAUGGCCUUGAAACGGAGAUGAGACAUGAGAAACCGCCCAUAGAGUCAGCAACAACUAGUGGGCUAAGGUUCUGCAGGAACCCCUUUUUAACCUUAGACAGAGGUAUGUGUAACGGGCUUAGACCCACAUUGUCAUCUUGAGUUGAAGGCCGUAGAGAGUGAGCCUUCAGACAAAGGUAGCUGGCAUUGGUUCCUAUCACUCGUAUUGGAUCUCUGUUCUUGUGGAUGACCCUCGCCUGAAAUCCAGUCUUCUCAUUCGCCCAUGGAUUUUGGCAAGACCAACCUUUGGCUCACCUCGCUGCUUGUUGUAUAGUGCCUUACCUUUUUGUGAGUUGGGUUGCAUGUUUAUAAGAGGUGUCCAUAGAGAGUGCUGUUAAUGUACGAGCCUUUGCUAACAUCCUUCCUGGGGCAUGUCAGCAUUUAAAAAUACUACAGAAAUGACAGAACGGAGGUGAGGAAGAAAAGAGGCACAACCACAGGUGUGUCCUUCGGUAUGUUUUCAAGGACGAUGUAGGUGUUUCUCCUUUUGCAAGCCAAAUCUCGUGCUGCUUCUCCUUUCUGAGAGAACUUGGUCUACCAGUAUGUCCACCAUGGUGUUAAGGUGGGCGCCAAUCCUCCCGUUCAGGCUAAUAAGCCUAUAAAGAUAUCCAUGUAUAUUUUCCCUGAUGUUCGGUUGGUACUGCCUGCCAUUUUUAACGUCUGCCAUGCAGAAGAAAUAUUGCCCGUUGCAAGUGACCAGGGCCUUAGUUAGGGGUAAGAUAAUUUAACAUUUACAGAAUCCGGCCAAGAAGUGCUUGGUACAUCUUAGCAAACUCUUCUCGGUCAUACAAACACAAUGUAGGCAGUUCAGUCUUAGUUUGAAGUUAAUCCUGGAGGGAAACCGCCAAUGGAAGAAAAUGCAACACAAGAUAGGAGGGGUGGGGGAAAAAAGGAGCCAGCUCAAGAUCAGUUGCGGUUUCAUUUCUGUCAUUUGAGAAUUAGGAAUAUCGACUUUUAAGGACCUCACUCAUAUAUAGGCCGCCUCUGGAGAUCAUGUUUUAAACAGCUGAUUAUGUCUCUGGUUUAGCAAAUAUGUGUGAGCAAUGGAUGGAAACGAAGUUCCUUGGUUUUCAGAUCCUCGUUCUGUUGUAAUUUUUUUUUUUUUUUUACAAAAAUGUGGAAUAAAGUUAACUGAUUGAAGC